AUGUUCAAUAGCAAUCAUUCAAUAACCAAUAAUAUAACAAUUACUGAAGUAUCUAUACUACAAAAUAAUAAUAUAAUCUAUUAUUUUGUUCCAUUUUAUACAAUACUUUUUCUUAUUGGUACAUUUGGUAAUGGUCUUGUAAUUAUUAGUAUAAUUCGUUCAUCACGUCUUCGUACAGUGACAAAUACAUAUUUACUUAAUAUAGCUAUUGCUGAUUUUUUACUUCUUUUAAGUGUACCAUUUCUUAUUAUUACAAUACUUGCAAAUGGAUGGAUAUUUGGAAAUGUUUUAUGUAAAAUGUAUUAUAAUUUUAUUCAUAUAAAUCAAUAUGUUAGUUCAUUAUUACUGGCAGCAUUAUCAUUUGAUCGAUAUCUUGCUGUAUGUCAUCCAAUUCGAGCUAUUGAAUUUCGAACACGAACGAAAUGUGUUUUAAUUAUUGCUGGUUGUUGGCUUAUAUCUAUUCUUUUCUUAUGUCCAACAUGGGUAUUUGCAACUGCCACAUCUGAACGCUAUGUACUUUGGUACGGUUAUCGUGUAGAAAAAUGCGUCAUUGAUUUUCCAUCAAUUAUAUUUACCAUUCCUCCAGAGAUUGUUUUUACUUAUUAUGCAUUUUUUCUUGGAUUUCUUUUUCCCGUAUCAAUGAUAACAACAUUUUAUAUUCUUGUUCUUGUACGUCUUAGUCAUAUACGACGAAAACAUAAAUCUGAAGUCAAACAACGAUCACAUCGUAAAGUAACACGAAUUGUUCUUGCUGUUAUAACAGCUUAUUUUAUAUGUUGGGUACCAUAUUGGUUCUUACAAAUAUUUAUAACAAUUGAUCCAUUAAUACAUUCAUUACGUUUAAAUUUUUCAAUAUUACCAGUGAAUACAACUAUACGUUGUCUUAAAGAAUUAACGCAUUUAACAACAAUAAUUGGUUAUGCAAAUAAUUGUCUAAAUCCUGUUCUAUAUGUUUUUCUAUCGGAAUCAUUUCGUGAAGAAUAUUUAAUUGUACUUAAAUGUUUUCCUCCAUGUCGUAUAUUUAUUGAUGAUCAAUCAAAUGAUGAAAAUAUCUGUCCAAAUUCAUAUGAACGUGAUGUAAGUCAUCGAAGAUCAAGUCCAUUGAGUAGACGACAAAAUAGAUCUAUGAAAAAAAUAAAACAUAGCGUAGCUAUCGAUGAAAUACCUUCAAAUUAUCGAAAAUUUUCAUUAUGUUUUUAUCGUGGUAAUGAACAUAAACGUCAUUCACAUACAUUUUGCAAUCGAAAGAAUGAGUCUCGUAUACAUAAUGAAGAAAAUAUGGCAUUAUCUCAUAGCAAAUCUUCAAAUCGAAAUCCAGAUACUUAUCGUAGAAAAUCAUUAGUCAUGGUAAGAUUAUCUUUAGUUCCCAUACAACCAUUACCAAAAAUCUUGGAUGAUGGUGGUGUUUAUUGUGGAGAAUAA